AUGGGUGAAGAUAAACAGGAGAAGAAGGAGAAGAAGAACAAGGAGGGGGGCGAUCAAGGUGGACAACAGGAGAAACCACCUGGAGGCUACGAUCCGACACCAUUAAAGCCAUCCUCGGGGCCGACAUACACGGUCAAAAUCACCUUCCACGGCGCAUCCAAUAUUCCCAUAUCUGAUUACGGUUCUCGCUCCUGUGACCCAUAUCUGUUGGCUCAGAUUGACUCGUCUUUAACCCCACGUCAUUCGAGAGAUCCACCACUACGCUUUCGCUCGCAGACCAUUCACAAGCAAUUGGAACCGAAAUGGAAUGCCGAGUGGGUGGUUGCGGGUGUCCCUGCGUCAGGGUUCGAACUGGACAUUAGCGUGUUGGACGAAGAUCCAGAUGAUCACGAUGAUAGACUUGGAAAGGUGUUUGUCUCCACAGGGAAGAUAUCGAAAGACUGGCAAGGAAUCAAGGAGCAAGAGUUCAAGGUCAAGGAGAAGGGAGCGGAUGUCUUUGCUUAUGGCUUGAGAUGGAUUCGAGCGGCCUUGUGUAGGGGAGUGGAGGUUCAUGCGAAGCUUUGCUUAUCGAUGGAGCUGGUCGGCGAGACAAAGGAGGAAGUCGGGAAGAUUUACACCGUGAACAAUUUCUGGUGGACACAUUAUUCGCCCAUGAUUGGUAUGUUGACAGGGACGAGGGGCGAAGAUGAUCGUGGAGCGGAGCGUUUCGACUUCGAAGCCAAUGAACUUCAGCUACGUGGACCGGUGCCGAACGAGUUGUACCAUCGUUAUGUCAAUUUUCGUUCCUUCGUCGGUGGCAUGUUUGAAGGUGUCGGCAUUCGGGGUCGCAUACUGCACAAAGCGCUGCAUCAUCAACACGAGCGGAUUUACAACUUCAAUACGCAGACAAAGUUUGGAACAUUCCCUGACGGACCAGGAGACGCUAUGACGCUCAAAUUCUUGGACAUGGUCCAUCACGAUCAAGGGGGGCGAAUAUUCACCUAUGUCAUCACUCUCGACGGCAUGUUCAGGUUCACAGAGACUGGCAAGGAAUUUGGCAUCGAUCUGCUCAGCAAACAUACCAUGCAUUCGGACGUGAAUAUCUACAUUGCAUGGAGUGGAGAAUUCUUCAUUCGACGGCUGGCGCAUCCGAAAGAAAGUCCUGAGGCUCCUGAUCAACACACUCACCCAGCGGAUGAUCUGCCAAACGGUCCUCCACAUACUGCUCCCCCAAAAGAUCCAUCGUUCUACGAACUCGUCAUUGACAACGACUCUGGAACCUAUCGACCUGAAGCUAAACUCAUCCCCAUUUUCAAAAAGUUUCUGGAAAAGAACUUUCCUGGCCUUCACAUUGAAGUCAAGACUUGUGACGAUGAACACUUGUCAAAGAUGAAAGACCAGCAGAGAAAGAUCAAGAAGAAGGAAGGAGAGGGCAGAGUCUUUGGGCAAAGCUCAGAAGUCGGUAGCAUCUCCAGCUCGGAAGUCUCCAGCUUGGACUCUCGUAUAGACGACGAUGAGAAUGGUGUGGCUCCUCACGUAUCGGGUCGCGAGAGGGGAUUCGAGGCGCUGGAGCAUCCACGUGAAGCCCUCAAGGAGUUGAUUGGGUCUCCGGGCAAAGGAGGGGAGAAGAACGUGGAGAAGGGAGGACAGGCAUCGUAA